AUGUUUGCCAUCCAGCCAGUGCUGGCCGAAGGGGGCCAGUUCCUGGCGGGCCCACCCCCUGGAGUAUGUCAGCCCGAGCUCCAACCAGACAGCAACUCCAACUUCAUGGCAAGUGCCAAGGAUGCCAAUGAGAAUUGGCAUGGGAUACCAGGCAAAGUGGAACCUAUCCUGAUGAGGAGUUCCUCUGAAUCAUCCUCUGACAACCAGGCCUUCCAGGCCCCUGGACUCCCUGAGGAAGGGGUCCGCAGCCCCCCAGAGGGGGCAGAGAUUCCUGGGGCUGAGCCUGAGAAGAUGGAUGGUGCUGGCACCGUCUGCUCCCCUCUGGAGGACAACGGCUAUGCCAGCAGCUCUCUGAGCAUCGACAGCCCUGGCAGCAGUCCUGAGCCUGCCUGUGGGACCCCUCGAGGCCCUGGCCCUCCUGAUCCCCUUCUGCCCUCAGUGGCCCAGGCUGUGCAGCAGCUGCAGGCGCAGGAGCGCUACAAAGAGCGGGAGAAGGAGAAGCACCACGUGCACUUGGUGAUGUACCGUCGCCUGGCACUGCUCCAGUGGAUCCGGGGCCUGCAGCACCAGUUGGUUGACCAGCAGGCACGGCUGCAAGAGAGCUUCGACACGAUCCUAGACAACCGAAAGGAGCUUAUCCGCUGUCUCCAGCAGAGGGCAGCACCAUCCAGGCACCAGGACCAGGGCUAGGCAUAUGCCUCCACAAGUGUGCAGGGGUAUGUGUGUAUAUUUGCAGGCAUGUGUGUGGUUGUGCACAGUGAGUACAUGAUUGUUGCUGGCAUGCGUGCAGGUAAGCAUGAGAGUGUGUAUGUGCUGACAUGUAGGCAGGUAUGUGUGGGCAUAUGUCAUUAAGCAUGUGUAAAUGAGCUUAAGUGUGUUGUGUGUGCACAUGUGUACACACAAGCUAAUUUAUAAGCAGACCUAUGUGUGAUUGUG